UACAGUGAGAGCUGUGAUUGUUCACAGCUUGUCACAUGGUACAAGGCUGUUGUGAAUAGCCUUGUACCAUGUGAUCUCUGUGAUCAUUCACAGAUUUUACACGUAGUAAGCAAUGAUGUCAAAAGUGACAUCUUGCUUACUACUAUUCAUGUAAUCACUGAUUGGCAAAUCAGCGCGCUAUUCACGUCCUCGGCUGUCAAUCACUGGGUCCCGGACGGUGAUUACUCACCAUCACCUGGUGAUUGAGGGCCAUUACCGACGGAAGGGAGAGAAGUGUAUGUAAACAAUACAGUUCUCUACCUUGUCAGCUCCUGCAUGGCUUUGCA